CGAGGCCCGUCACAUUCCUCCUGCUGAAUCAGCCGUUCCCGCCUCGCUUCCAUGUCGUUUUUUUCUUCUUCUUCUUCCAAACACCUUACGCUCAAAAAGUGCUCGUCAAUCAACCAAAAAAAAACCCUCGACUGUGGGUUUUGUUCCCCUCUCUCUGUCCUCUGUUCGAAACCGUUUGCAGAAGAAGGGAUGAGGAGGACGGUGUGCAGUGGGACGGCCCAGCGUUGCCCAGGCAGGACUGUUGUGAAAGUGUUGAGCCUCUCGCAGGAGGAAUGCAGUGGCAGGUCGAGACCUGAACUUCCGCAUUGAGCAGGAAGAAGUCGACACUCAAGACAGAUGCAAUCCACAUCAGCACACCCAAACCCGCUUGUGUUUCUUCUUUUCUGGCGUUGAGCUUUGUUAGAGAAUAGUACGCCGAGGGGGGGAACCGAUGUCCGUGAGGCUCAGAAACUAACCGGUGACACGAGGAUUAACACAUUUGAAAAGAUGGACGACAUCGACGCCAUGUUCAGUGACCUGCUGGGGGAGAUGGACCUCCUCACUCAGAGUCUCGGACAGGAAACAGUACCUCCCGCGUCCCUUCCCAGAACCAAUGAAGAAGUCAACUUCUCGAUCGGCUUCACUGACCUCAAUGAGUCCCUCAAUGAACUGGAGGACAUCGAUCUGGACGCGCUCAUGGCCGACCUGAUGGCCGAUCUCAAUGCGACGGAGGAGAAACUCGCGGCGCAGAUUGAAGACCUGAAGGUGCCAUCGCCGCCCCCGCAGCCUCCACCCGAGGGCCUGAGCAUCCGUCCGGUCGCCUCCCCAACGAGCAGCGGCGUUAGCGCCUCCGCCACCUCCCCUUUGCCACCUCCGCCCCCUCAGUCUGCAAAGCCUACGAAGGAGGAAAUCGAGGCGCAGAUGAAAGCCGACAAAAUCAAGCUCGCUCUCGAGAAGCUCAAGGAAGCUAAAGUGAAAAAGUUGGUGGUGAAAGUGCUGAUGAACGACGGCAGCGCCAAGACGCUGAUGGUGGACGAGAGGCAGACGGUCCGGGAGGUUCUGGACAACAUGUUCGAGAAGACUCACUGCGACUGCAACGUGGACUGGAGCCUGUGUGAGACCAACCCGGAGCUGCAACUGGAACGGGCGUUUGAAGACCACGAGAAGCUGGUGGAGCCCCUCUUGGCGUGGACGAGGGACAGCGAGAACAAACUCCUCUUUCAGGAGCGGGGGGAAAAAUACGAGGUUUUCAAAAACCCACAGAACUUUUACCUUUGGAAGAAAGACACGAAAACCCUGAGAGACAUCAAGGACAAAGACAAGGAGCUGUUGGUACAGGAGAACUUCUGCGGGACGUCGAUCAUCGUGCCCGACCUGGAGGGCGUGAUGCACGUCAAGGAGGACGGCAAGAAGUCGUGGAAGCCGCGACUCUUCCAGCUGAGGGCCUCGGGCAUCUACUUCGUGCCCAAGGGCAAAACCAAGUCGUCCCGGGACCUCGUCUGUUUCGUCCAGUUCGACAACCUGAAUAUCUACUUUGGAAAAGACUUUAAGGGCAAAUACAAAGCGCCCACCGACUUCUGCUUCCUCCUGAAACAUCCUCAGAUCCAGAAAGAGUCUCAGUACAUCAAGUACCUCUGCUGCGACGACGCUUCCUCCAUGAACCUUUGGGUGACGGGAAUACGGAUCGCUAAGUACGGAGCGUCGCUGUAUGAAAACUACAAAACGGCCGAGAAGAAGGCCGCGACGACCUCGGCGUGGACCAACCGAAGCACUCCGUCCAGCUCCAAUCCGUCGACGCCCUCACCGCCCAUCACAGUUAAAUCCCCCGCUGGCCAGGCCAACGGGCACGCCGUGAAGCCCGGACCGGGACCGGCCGCUACGGACUUUGGACAUGUCCCUCCUCCUCCUCCGUCACACAUCCUUCCUCCUCCACCUCCGUCACACAUCCUUCCUCCUCCUCCUCCGUCACACAUCCUUCCUCCUCCACCUCCGGCACACAUCCUUCCUCCUCCUCCUCCUCCGUCACACAUCCUUCCUCCUCCUCCUCCGUCACACAUCCUUCCUCCUCCUCCUCCUCUGGCACACAUCCUUCCUCCUCCUCCUCCAGAGCCCUUCCUCCCUCCUCCUCUGGCUGGCAAAAGUUCUUCCAAACCUUUCCUCCCUCCGCGACACCUGCCGACCAACUUCCCCCCGCCUCCGCCUGCGAUGGUCCACCUCCCCGCUCCGCCGCGGCCCCCGCCCGCCGACGAUGCCUCGGAGGCCCCGCCGGACUUCCUCCCGCCCCCUCCCCCGGCCGCCGGCUCCAGUCCUCUGUUUCCUCCUCCGCCGCCGUUGAACUCCGUACUGCCGCCGCCUCCCCCGGUGAGCUUCAGGGCGGAGGACCAGUCUCUGCCUCCUCCACCACCAGAACCAGGGUUUUUACCUCCGCCUCCACCGAUGUUCACAGGGGGUGGAGUGCCUCCUCCUCCUCCUCCUCCUGCUGCCCCACGAGUAGCGGCGCGGCCCGCCGGCUCGCUGAAGAAGAGGCCUCCUGCGGUGCCGAAGAGGACUACACCAUCUCUGCGUGGCGGGGGAGGUGGAGACUUUAUGUCAGAACUGGCGCUGGCCAUGAACAAGAAGCGUAGCCACCACUAGAGGGUGUCGAAUAUUAAUCAUCCAUCACAAUACCGGAAACUCCAUCAUGAAGAACAACGUGGAGAUCAAUACAGACUUCUUCUUCUCCUCCGGAGAACCGAUGCACAUCCAAUCUUUUUUCUGUUACGGCUUAUCCAAGACGUCACUUUGCAUGAAUUUAAGUGAACAGGUUAAUAUGAUCAAGAGAAAACAUUACAAAAAAGUACAAUAUAGUUCAGAGAGACAUUUUCAUAGAAUUGUACAUAUGCUUGCAUGGAAGGCUGUAAAUACUUUAAACAAAAUGUCCAUUUAUAUUAGCUUUCAAAUGACCGAGUUAAAUAAAACCUAGAUAACGCACCAA